AUGUUUCAAAUGUUAACAACAUAUUUUAAAAUAAUACAAUACCAAAUUUGUUAUUAUUUUUUGGGAAUAUUUGCCGUUCUUGAUGAUUUAAAAAAUCGUGAUAAAAAUAAGUUGGAAAUUAUCAAUAAGCAAGGAAAAGUAGCUGUUAUUACUGGAGGUGCUCGAGGCAUUGGUUUGGAAGUAGUUAAGAAACUAGUUCAAUGUGAGAUGCAUAUUAUAAUUGGAUGCCGCCAUGUAAAUGCCGCUCAAAAAAUAAUCCAACAGCAUAUUAUGUAUGAUGCAUCAAUUGAAUUUUAUGAACUUGAUCUUAAAUCAUUUACUUCUGUUAAAAAUUUUGCAAAACAAGUAUUACACAAUCAUGAUCAAAUUCAUAUACUUGUAAAUAACGCUGGUGUUAUGUUUGUACCGUAUGAAAUAUGUGAGGAUGGUUACGAAGCACAUUGGACUAUCAAUUAUUUGAGUCAUUUUUUAUUAACAGAAUUACUAUUACCAGCUCUAAAAAAAUCAGGUUCGACAAAUGAGCAUGCAAGAAUAAUAAAUGUAUCCUCUUGUGCUCAUGAAGCUUCUCCUUUAAUUAAUUUUGGCUCAAUAAGUAACAGUCAAGGUUAUAUAACAAAUGCAGCUUAUGCAAAGUCUAAACUAGCUCAAGUAAUGUCAACUAAAUAUUAUAAUAAAAUAUUAGCAAACACUAACGUUCAAGUUUUUGCUGUACAUCCUGGUAUAGUAAAUACAGAGUUAUUUAAUGGAACAUUAUUGAAAAUGACAAUGCCAUGGAUAUUGAGUUACAUUUGCAAAACACCAGAGGAAGGGUCACGAAGUGUUGUUUAUGCUUGCAUUUCCCCAGAAUUAGAAGGAUGUGGUGGUUAUUAUGCAAAUUGUCAAAUUGCAAAAAAUUUAUCAUAUGCUGAUGAUGAAGAGACACAAAAAAAACUUUAUGAUACAUCCAUAUCUAUGGUAAAACAUUUUUUAAAGAAUGAUGAAUAA